AUUUCAGGUUACACACUUACAGUUCAAGCUUCUGAUAAUGGCAGUCCACCCAGGGUCAACACAACGACUGUGAACAUUGACGUGUCUGAUGUCAAUGACAAUGCCCCUGUCUUCUCCAAGGGAAACUACAGUGUGAUCAUCCAGGAAAAUAAGCCAGUGGGUUUCAGUGUCCUACAGCUAGUAGUGACAGACAAGGACUCCUCUCACAAUGGUCCACCCUUCUACUUUACUAUUGUGAGUGGAAAUGCAGACAAAGCAUUUGAAGUGAACCAGCAAGGAGUCCUCCUGACGGCAGCCGCCAUCAAGAGGAAAGUGAAGGACCAUUACUUCCUGCAUGUGAAGGUGGCAGAUAAUGGAAAACCUCAGUUGUCAUCUUUGACAUAUAUUGACAUUAGAGUUAUCGAGGAGAGCAUCCAUCCUCCUGCAAUUCUGCCACUAGAGAUUUUCAUUACUGCAUUUGGAGAGGAAUACUCUGGUGGUGUCAUUGGGAAAAUCCAUGCAACAGACCAAGAUGUGUAUGACACUUUAACCUACAGUCUUGACCCCCAAAUGGACAACCUGUUCUCUGUUUCCAGCACCGGGGGUAAGCUCAUCGCACACAAAAAGCUAGAUAUAGGGCAGUAUCUUCUUAAUGUCAGCGUAACCGAUGGAAAAUUUACCACAAUGGCUGACAUCACAGUGUAUAUCCGACAAAUAACACAAGAGAUGUUGAACCACACCAUUGCUAUUCGCUUUGCCAAUCUCACUCCAGAAGAAUUUGUUGGUGACUACUGGCGCAACUUCCAGCGAGCUUUACGAAACAUCCUGGGUUUGAGGAGGAACGACAUACAGAUUGUUAGUUUGCAGCCCUCUGAACCUCAUCCACAUCUGGAUGUCCUACUUUUUGUAGAGAAAUCAGGUAGUGCCCAGGUUUCAACAAAACAACUCUUGCACAAGAUUAAUUCUUCUGUGACUGAUAUUGAGGAAAUCAUUGGUGUUAGGAUAUUAGAUGUAUUCCAGAAGCUCUGUGCAGGACUGGAUUGCCCUUGGAAAUUCUGUGAUGAAAAGAUAUCCAUGGAUGAAAAUGUUAUGUCGACGCAUAGCACGGCCAGACUGAGCUUUGUGACACCUCGCCACCAUAGGACAGCAGUGUGUCUCUGCCAAGAGGGGAAUUGCCCACCUGUCCACCAUGGAUGCGAAGACAACCCCUGCCCUGCAGGAUCCGAAUGUAUUGCUGAUCCAAGAGAGGAGAAGUACACCUGUGUCUGUCCUGGUGGCAGGUUUGGUCAGUGUCCAGGAAGUUCAUCUAUAACAUUUACUGGAAACAGCUUUGUGAAAUACCGUCUAAUGGAAAAUGAAAACAAAUUAGAGAUGAAACUGACAAUGAGGCUCAGGACCUAUUCUGCUCAUGCAGUUGUAAUGUAUGCUCGAGGAACUGACUAUAGUAUCUUGGAGAUUCAUAAUGGAAGACUGCAAUAUAAAUUUGACUGUGGAAGUGGCCCUGGAAUUGUCUCUGUUCAAAGCAUUCAAGUCAAUGAUGGCCAGUGGCAUGCAGUAUCUCUUGAAGUAAAUGGAAACUAUGCUAGAUUGGUUCUAGACCAAGUUCACACUGCAUCAGGCACAGCCCCAGGGACUCUGAAAACUCUGAAUCUAGAUAACUAUGUGUUUUUUGGUGGCCACAUACGGCAGCAAGGAACAAGGAAUGGAAGAAGCCCACAAGUUGGUAAUGGUUUCAGGGGCUGUAUGGACUCCAUUUAUUUGAAUGGGCAAGAGUUACCUUUAAAUAGCAAACCAAGAAGUUAUGCACACAUCGAAGAGUCAGUGGAUGUAUCUCCUGGGUGCUUAUUAACAGCUACGGAAGACUGCUCAAGUAACCCUUGUCAGAAUGGAGGCAUAUGUAAUCCAUCGCCUACUGGAGGCUAUUACUGCAAGUGCAGUGCCUUAUACAUAGGGACAUACUGUGAAGUGAGUGUCAACCCAUGUUCCUCCAAUCCCUGCCUCUAUGGUGGCACAUGCAUCGUAGACAAUGGAGACUUUGUUUGCCAAUGCAGAGGACUAUACACUGGUCAGAGAUGCCAGCUUAGUCCUUACUGCAAAGAUGAACCCUGUAAAAAUGGUGGGACGUGUUUUGACAGUUUGGAUGGUGCUGUUUGUCAGUGUGAUUCAGGUUUUAGGGGAGAAAGGUGUCAGAGUGACAUUGAUGAAUGUGCUGGAAACCCCUGCCGUAAUGGGGCCCUUUGUGAGAACACACAUGGCUCCUAUCACUGUAACUGCAGCCAGGAAUACAGAGGAAAACACUGUGAGGAUGCUGCUCCCAAUCAAUAUGUGUCAACUCCAUGGAAUAUUGGACUGGCUGAGGGAAUAGGGAUUGUGGUUUUUAUAGCAGGGAUAUUUUUACUUGUGGUGGUGUUUGUACUCUGCCGCAAAAUGAUUAGUCGAAAGAAGAAACACCAGGCUGAACCAGAAGACAAACACUUGGGACCAACCACAGCUUUCUUGCAAAGACCAUAUUUUGAUUCAAAGCUAAAUAAGAACAUUUACUCCGACAUACCACCCCAGGUGCCUGUCCGACCUAUCUCCUACACUCCAAGCAUUCCAAGUGACUCUAGAAAUAAUCUUGACCGAAAUUCUUUUGAAGGAUCUGCUAUACCAGAGCAUCCCGAAUUCAGUACUUUUAAUCCUGAGUCUAUGCAUGGACACCGAAAAGCAGUGGCCGUCUGCAGCGUAGCACCAAACUUGCCUCCCCCACCUCCCUCAAACUCUCCUUCUGACAGCGACUCAAUACAGAAGCCUAACUGGGACUUUGACUAUGACGCUAAAGUGGUGGAUCUUGAUCCCUGUCUUUCCAAGAAACCUCUAGAAGAAAAGCCUUCUCAGCCAUACAGUGCCCGGGAGAGCCUGUCCGAAGUGCAGUCUCUUAGCUCUUUCCAGUCUGAAUCCUGUGACGACAAUG